UAUCAGUAGCCAUAGUUUUGAGAUAUUCCUAAUUAGACUCACUUAUUAUUGAGCAGUACUCAUUAUCAACACUACAACACAAGCUUAGAGAUGGAGAAAAUGAUCAUCAAUGGCCAUGAUCCAAAGCCUCACGCCAUCGUCUUUCCCUACCCUCUCCAAGGCCACGUAAUCCCAGCCGUCCAUCUCGCGGUGAAGCUCGCAUCAAAGGGCAUCACCAUCACCUUCGUCAACACCCUCUCCAUUCACCACCAGAUCAUCAAAUCCCACAACUCCCAACCCGGUACGGAUGAUGAUCACAACGACGACGGCGACAUCUUCGCCGGAGCGCGUAAAUCGGGCCUUGACAUUCGCUACGCAACGAUCAGCGACGGUUUUCCGCUAGGGUUUGACCGGUCCCUCAACCUCAACCAGUUUUGGGAGGGUGUCCGGCAUGUUUUCUCGGCACAUGUUGAUGAACUUGUCGGAAACCUGGUCGGAUCUUCGGAUCCGCCGCUGACUUGCUUGAUAUCCGAUAGUUUCUUUGUUUGGCCUUCAUUUAUAGCCACCAAGUAUAAUCUUGUCAAUAUCUCCUUCUGGACUGAACCAGCUUUGGUUUUCACCUUGUACUACCACUUGGACCUCCUUAUCAAGAAUGGUCACCAUUCUGCUUCUCAUGAGAAUCGCAAAGACACCAUCGACUACAUUCCUGGAGUGAAAGCAAUCGAGCCAAAGGACUUGAUGUCGUACCUCCAAACCACAGACACAAAUACCCCAGAGCACAUGAUCAUAUACAAGGCAUUUAACGACGUUAAAAAAGCUGAUUUUAUUCUGUGCAACACAGUCCAAGAGCUAGAAAACGACACAAUCUCAGCCCUACAAGAGAAGCAACCAUUCUACUCGAUCGGACCCAUCUUCCCAUCCGGGUUCACAAAGAGCUCCGUGGCCACUAGCCUCUGGUCCGAGUCAGAUUGCACCAAGUGGCUCGAUUCCAAGCCCCGCGGCUCGGUCUUGUACGUGUCGUUUGGGAGCUACGCCCACGCUAGUAAGAGGGAGAUUGAGGAGAUUGCAUACGGGCUUUUACUUAGCCAAGUGAGUUUUGUUUGGGUGCUUCGCCCUGAUAUCGUGAGCUCGGAUGAGCCCGACAUCUUGCCCGUCGGUUUCGAGGACCAGAUCAAGGGAAGGGGGUUGAUCGUCACGUGGUGUUGUCAGAUUGAGGUGAUCUCUCACCCCACGAUCGGAGGGUUCUUAACGCACUGCGGGUGGAAUUCGGUGUUGGAGAGUGUAUGGUGUGGCGUGCCUUUGUUGGCUUACCCGCUGUUGACUGACCAGUUUACUAAUAGGAAAAUAGUGGUUGAUGAUUGGAGGAUUGGGCUCAAUCUUGUUGAUGAUCACCACAAGGGGAACGCCGUCACAAGGGAGGAAGUUGCGGAGAAGAUCAGCCGUUUGAUGGGUGGAAAAUCGAGUGGCGAUGAUCAUGAUCAGUUGAGGAAGAACAUCAAGGAGGCUAGAAAAGCCUUGGAAAAUGCGUUGACUAAGGAGGGAUCAUCGGAGAAAAAUUUUACUCAAUUCAUAAAGGAUCUCGAGUUUAAACUGAUUCAGAAGAAAUAUGAGACGUAAGUAGUAUUGUAUUAUAUGCAUGAAUAGUAUUUAUAUAGAGAAUACUAUAAUAUUGUAGUUGUGAUAUUGAACACUACUAAUGUGGUUCUUCUUAUUAUAAUUU